GAUUCAGAGAGCAGGAGAGGAAUUUUUUCCGUAGCAUGCUAUAAAUUCACAAUUCUAAAAAGGGGGUAAGCUGACAUAUCACCAAACAUGAAGACGGUUAUUGCUUCGUGAGAAGUGUGAAACAAAACGACACCGCUUUCCGCGCGGCGCUGUUUUAAAAGCCCUUCUACAAAGGUAAAAGCCUGGAUAACUAUCACCUGCCAGAGCCCUGAAUGGGCUGCUGAUAACACCAGAUCGGACUGUUGGAUUACCUGCCAGCAUUUUUUUCUUUUUUCACCCCAUUUUCACCGCACCUCCCCCCCCCAUUAGACAAAUUUGAAUUCAUAUUUUCACCCUAGUUUGGCAGCAAGGCUGCUCCCCUACAUCCAGAUGAAUGAAGACCCCAUUCGGGAAGAACGCAGGCCAGAGAGCCAGAGCUGAUGCAGGACAUGCCGGAGUCUCUGCAAAUAUGAUGAAGAAAAAGAAUUCCCACAAAAAACACAAAAGCAGCGUGGGGCCCACCAAAGUGUCCCAGCCCCGGCGAAACAUAGUGGGCUGCCGCAUACAGCACAUCUGGAAGGAGGGCAGCGGAGCAGCAUCCCAAUGGAAGGGCACGGUGUUAGACCAAGUGCCGGUCAACCCAUCCCUCUAUCUAAUCAAGUACGAUGGGUUCGACUGCGUAUAUGGCCUGGAGCUGCACAAGGACGAGCGAGUGCAGGGGCUGGAAGUCCUGCCGGACCGUGUAGCUUCCACACGCAUCAGUGACGCACAUCUGGCUGACACAAUGAUAGGCAAAGCAGUGGAGCACAUGUUUGAGACGGAGGAAGGCUCGAAGGACGAGUGGCGGGGCAUGGUGUUGGCCCGUGCACCCAUUAUGAACACAUGGUUUUAUAUCACUUACGAAAAGGACCCGGUCCUCUACAUGUAUCAGCUGCUCGACGACUACAAGGACGGAGACUUGAGGAUCAUGCCAGAUUCAAAUGAUUCGCCCCCUGCGGAGCGUGAGCCCGGAGAAGUGGUGGACAGCCUCGUCGGCAAGCAAGUGGAGUACGCCAAAGAGGAUGGCUCCAAACGGACUGGCAUGGUCAUACACCAGGUGGAGGCCAAGCCCUCCGUCUAUUUCAUCAAAUUCGACGACGAUUUUCACAUUUACGUGUACGACUUGGUGAAGACGUCAUAGGCGGAAAAAGCAAGGAGGUCCAGGAAGCCCAGGAUGAGAUUGUCUACGGAUGGGAUCCACAAACUCUGCCAAAAGUCCUCACGGAACGUUUCUUUGCACCAUCCUAACGGAGAUGCGUAUUGGUGAUGGAUAUUUCACUGGAGCCUUGGAUUGCCACUAGUUAAGUGUCUUUGUUUUUGUUUUGUUUUUUCUUGUUCUCACACAAAAGGGAUGGGUGUUGUUUUGACAUGUUAUUCCCUAAACAAAAGUAGCUACAUGUUUAUAUUGUCUUUUUCUUUUUUUUUCUUUUUUUUUCUUGUUGUUCAUUCCUGUUGAAUAACAGGCGUACAUCAUUUCCACUCGUGAACGGGAGAAUCGGAGGUCAUCCUCCAGUUCUCCGCUUUUAAAAUUCGGGCACUUUUGAUGACUGAGAAACUCAGCCUUUAAUCGCUAAAGAUUUCAUUUGCUUUGAUGCAGUUCAACCACAUAGCACACAGCAAGAUGGGAUGAAAAUCUCAGUUACUCCCACCAAAUCACACCUACUACAAAUUUUACUCAUCUGUUUGAUAGAUGAUGCGUAUUUGUAGUUUGCUCACCAGCUUCUUUCAUACUGUGUUGUUUUCAUUUGCUAGGUUGUUUUAAAUGAAAGAUUCCACAUGAUUCCAUGAUUCCUCUCAAUUCUCGUAAGCACUAAUGUAUUUUUUCGUCUCAGCGACAUAUUGGCGCACUUGGUUAUCAUCUUCUUGAAAAGAUUUUCAGCCACUUCUCUGAAAGCCAUUUUUGAUCCUUCGUUUUAAAAAAAAAUGAAAAGAAAAGGUGAACAGAAUUGAUUAUAUAGUACUUGUGCUAUUCAGCUAUGGCUCAUGGAUGCCUUUGUACUUGUGUUUUAAAUGUUUGCGAUUUGUAUUUCGUGCUGUUUUGUGAAUGGCCCAUAACUGUCUUAAUUUUAUUACGCAGCCUGCUUCAUUUCACUACAACACAGGUUAGAUGGUUAGAUUUCCGCUGCUUUCGUAUUCUGAACGAAUACACGUGGGAAAAUUGGCCAAAUAUUCCUAUAAGACUAAUGAGUGAAGAUUAACAAUACUAAGAAAACUGCAAUAAUAAUGUUUAAGUAUUCAGGUAGUACAUGGCAACCCAUUCUAAUCAUAUUUGAUAAACACGUAGCUUCUUACACAGUUAGCCUAUUGAGAUUUUAUUUUAUUUUUUUUAAAUGUACGUGCCUCGCUGUAAACGACCGUCUGCUUUUCAUACUUCUUUUGUACGUUCCUAAUAGAGCUGUAUGUAUGUAUGUAUGUAUGUAUGAUGACCUGAGGGGCUUUCUCUCCUCAGGAAUGUUACAAUGUUUAAAGUCACACAUACACA